CCAAGUUUGGCAAUCAAUCAGCCACAGAGUCCAUUGCGACUUCUUUUGCUCGGUGAGCACUUGAAGCCAUCAUCAUCAACUUCUUGGAGUUAUCACUGGCGAAUGCGCAAACAACCGCCAGACAAAACCGCGCGUGUCGUUUAAACCAACAGUGGUCACCUCGGUGACCCAAAACAGUCAACAUGACAGAAGUCCUCAAUCCACGCCGCCAGCAACAACCCUCCUCCUCCUCAGACUCACCAUCACGAGAACGUCCCCGUCCUCCCGCUCUCAAAACAAGCCACUCCGCUCUCCGCUCCAUCAACCGCCCGCCCAACGUCCGACGAAUAUCCAACCGCGUGUCCAUCGCCGAGCCCGAACCCCAACCAGAAGAAACUCAACUCAAAGCAGAAACCAUCACAUCCUCCGUCCCGAAAACUCCAGAACCAAGUCAUGACAACCAACCCAACCACAACUUCACAAACCCAUCUCCCACCCUCGCCACAACCGCAAACCCCAUUGCCCACACCGCCUCCACCCUCAAAAUCGCCCAAACCCUACACUCCUCCCUCUCCUCCCGACUGCAGCUGCACGUCACCACCACGCCCUGGGCAACCCGCAACAUCCUCACGCUCGACGGCGGCGGUAUAAAAGGGUACUCCUCUUUGAUCCUCCUGCGUACCUUGAUGCAAGAAAUCGCUGCUCUCGAGCAAUCUCUUAGUCCACCGGCCUUUUGCUCCGCUGACCCGACGGGCAACGAGAAUUACUACUUUACUAAAUCUGACGACGAAGAGGAUCGUCACUUUUGUAGUGGUGUCGAGACGGAAAUGGAGAUGCUGGACUGCGAGAAGAGGGCGGGGAAGUUGCGAGACAUGCACAUGAGGGGAAAAGGGAAAGUGAAAGUGGGUGAGUUAAAGGUGGAUGUACCCCCGGAGACGAUGAGAAAGGGGGAGUACCUCCCUAGUCAUUACUUUGAUUAUAUUGCUGGGACGUCAGUGGGGGGAUUGAUUGCGAUUAUGUUGGGGGUGAUGGGACGGACGGUGGAAGGGUGUUUGGAGGAGUUUAGGAAUGGAGGAGAGGGAAGGAGUAGAAGGGAUGGGAGGGGGCUGCCGGUGUUGUUUUUGGAGAUGGAGGAGGAUGCUGCAGCGGAGGAGGAGGAGGAGAAGAAGCAGGUUGAUGUGGGCGAUGGAGGGAGUCAAAGUCAAAAGAGGGAGGAAAGCAGCAGCAGGGCGGAAGGAAGAAGAAGGAGGGUGAUUAGUUUCCCCGGUUUGAGCGGCACUUUUGAGAUUCCGCUGCCGGGGUUUCAUGGUGGUGCGGAUAGGGAGAAGGAUAAGAGGAGGACGACGUGGCCGACCAAGAAGAGUAGAGCGUGGUUUGACACGUUUGCCAAGUUCAGUGUGACUAGUACGGACUUGACUGGAAGCGGGAACAAUACCGCUGCCUCGCGAGCAAUCGUUAGCGACAGUGAGGAUAUCUCACCAACGACUCAACGGGCGAAUACGAACAACACCGUCGCCUCCAGUUGCUCGAGCACGACAACCAGCAGUCCGACCUCGUCGAUUUCUUUCAAGAAAACAUCCUUUCAAUGCCAGACCCUGGCCUGGUGCAGCGAGAUCGACGCGGCCACUCCCACAGAACGACAACCUUAUGCGUUCUGCACGUACGAAGAAGUCCUCGUGGCCGACGGUUCCGACGAAGAAGGUAAAGUCCCUUCGAUCCCUGAGGUUGCCAAGGCCAUCACCACCCCUUCGGACUCUUCACAAUUCAAGCCAUUCAAGCUCCCCGCCAUCGGCCAAUUCGUCGACGGCAGCAAGGAAAUCCGCGACCCAACGCUACCAGUCCUCAAAGAGAUUUCUUCCCUGUUAGGCGUCGACCCUUCCACUCCUUCUUCUGUCCCAGACACCUCCAACCCGCCCAUCGAUUUACUUUUGAGCUUGGGAACAGACGAACACAACGCUUGGUUUUACGAAAAGCUCGUUCAACCUUUCUCUUCCCGAUCUUCCCCGUCCGAGUAUUCCUCCUCCAUGUCCCCCUCCACCACCAGUUCCAACUCUCCCUCCCCUACUUCGUCCCCAUCGGCAUCAACCACCUCCCCCUCCCCCUCGGCCCCCGCCUUGGAAGAACUCCGCAAUUCCAAAGGCCAUCUUUACACGCACUAUCACCGCUUCCAAGUCUCUCCACUCUCCCUCUCCCCUUUUCCUUUUUCUUUUUCCUCUUUACAUGCACCUUUCCGUCGUCGUCAUCGGACCACCAAUAACCACCACCUCGACGAAAUCGAACAAGCCACGGAACGUUGGUUAUCUGCCAAUAACGGCGAACAACGACGGUUGCUCAAGAAGUAUGCAGAGGUACUGGUGCGUAAACGGCGGGCGAGGAGCGCGACGACGAGGUGGGAGACGUUUGCGUUGGGGGCGAGGUACUUUUGUUGGGUGGAGGGGUGUGAGAGGAAUCCUUCUGAGACUCAUAAGGGGAAGGGACAAGGGAAGGAGAAGGGAAAGGGAUAUGGGGAUGUAAGUGGUGGGGGGAGGGGGAAAGAUGGGGAUGGGAAUAGGGAAAGGGAAAGCAGAGAGGGAAGGAAGGAAGGACAGGAGGGAGAGGAAGGAGAAGGAGAAGGGAAAGGAGAAGGGGAUAAAGGAUUUGAUACGCGAGGAGACUUUUGGGAUCAUUUGAAUGGUAGACAUGGGUUGUUGUCGAAGAAGGGGGCGAGGGAGGUUGAGGAUGAACUGGAUAAGGGGAGGAGGUUUGGGUUUGAGUGAUUUUGUGUGUUUGUGUUUUUUGUUUGUGAUACCCUUUUGUGCUUGUGGUUUGGAUUGGGAUUGGAUUGGGAUUGGAUUGACGAACUAUUUCAAAGGCAGAAGUACAUAAAGGAAGAAUGCAUAGCGAUGGAGUUUGGGGGUUUGUCAAAUUGUUAGUCUGUUGCUAUCCCCGACCAGUUGUUGUAAUACCACAAUUCGAUUUUCA